GGAAUUGAUGCGUUUAGACAGAAAUUUGCUUUGAAUUGGGUUUAGUUUCUCCAACUUUCUUCUAAGAAUUAAGCAAAAUCUUCACACUGAUAAGGUAUCUAGCAGACAUUUAAGUCCAAAUAAUACUUCUGUUAUCUUGCUAAUUAUUCUUGCUUACCCUUCCUCAUAAAAUGAAAAAUGAAUAGCAUAUACAGAAGAAGGUAUCCAGUUAUCAUUCAUACCUGGCAAGCCGGUGAACUGUUCAUACUCUCUGAAAACUGCUGUGAUGUCAGAUUGAUGGAAAUUUGGUUGAUACUUAUUGUCUCUCGGUUUUGUUUUAUUCCUCUGUUUUGUUUUAUUCCUCCUGUUUUCUGCUGGGGCGUUUCGAAAUUUUGACACUCUCAGGUUCAUUCACACUUUCAGAUGGUGGGUGGUCCACGUAGCAGGGCCGGCGGUUUAAGUGUUUAUUUAGCUGGGCCGGAUGGGCGGGUCUUAGGAGGUGGUGUUGCCGGUGUUUUAAUAGCUGCGUCCCCAGUACAGAUUGAAAGUUUGCCACAAAUGGUUGAUGGUGUUUGUUCAGAUGACGGAAAUGCUCAACUUGAAGCUACUACUCAUUUCCGCAAGCUGCUUUCAAUAGGUAGCUAUCUGAUGUUCUCUAUAUGUAUUGGACUAUGGGAAUAUGUGUAUAAGCAUCUUACUUUGCGUAAAAGGUAGAGAAAUUCUUAUAAAUUCUUAUAUUGCCUUUUUAUAUCACUAUAUUACUAUAUUCUCCUGUUUUUCGUUAUUGUUGCAAUUGUAUAAUUCAGAAUUAUGUUGUUUUGUGGUUAAUUAUAAUAGAAGGGCUCUAUUAAUUCCUAAA